UAGAGGAUAAGAGACCAUCAUCGAAAACUCAAAGAAAAAGGAGACACUAGCUAAGAAAUUUACCUUGCACUUUUGAUCUGUGUUCUCAGUAGAUUAUUCGUACCACCAUGGUCGGCGGGGAAGUUAAAAUUCUUCGCGGGUACGAACUCCGUCUCAUCCGGUGCACCGUCUCUUUGCCACUAUCAGAUCCUCCUCUCGAUGAAUCCCAACCCGGAACCCAUCCACACGACUCUCUUAUAAAGUCCCUUUUGUCUUCAAUCGAGGCUGGGAACUAUCUUGAAGCUUUAGCCUCCGAAGCUACUAAUCUAAUACUCGGAGAGUACGAGUUCGACCCGGUUGAUUCCGCCGAGCGAGUUUACUCCGAGCUUCUCAACAAAGUCGAAUCGUUCGUGUUGAACGAUUCUUCGGAUGAAAUCGAUAAGGCUCGGCGUUCUUUUCUUGUGAUGUGCUUAGCAAUCGCGGCUGCUUUUUGGUUCACUUGUUGCAAUUUGACCGGGUCGACGCAAGGAUCAACAAAAUGUUCGUUACCGUUUAGAGUACCAGAAAGUAAGGAAUUGGUUGAAUGGGAGAACUGGGCUAAGAUUCAUCUCAUGUCUGCAGGUUCUGACUUGCUCGGGAAGUUUUCUAAUCUCCAGCAUUUAGUUUUUGCUAGAUUGCUGCUGUUAAAGUUGAAAGAUUUGUUGUUUGAGACAAGUGCCUCUGAAACUUUUCAACUUAGGAGUAUUUCAUGGUGGCUUGUCAGAGUCUUACUUAUUCAUCAAAGAGUUCUUCACGAGCCAUCUUCAUCUUUGUUUGAGAUGUUGCAAGUUUACAUGGCCGAAGCUCUAGACCAUUUUGGAGCAUUGGAAAAAGUCGAAAGCUACUGGGGUGCCAAGUUGCUACAAGACGAAGCUUCAUCCAUCACGUCAAUCAUCCAUCUGGAAGCAUGUGUACUGCAAUAUAUAUAUCGAAGGAUUGACCCUUUUCGGUUGCAGCUUGAAUCUGCUAAAGCAGCAGCAGGGCUAGAGUUCUCUGUUACUGGGGCUCUGGGAUUUCGUACUAUUCACCAAGUAGUGCCAAAGGCACAGAUGGUAUUGGUAGCCAAUACUAGCUCAUCCAAUGGGGCUGUGAGGUUGGCCUCUGAGAAAGCUGAUGUUGGACCUUAUGGAGCUUGGGAAGGUGAAACACCUCAAGUGUUUAUGACUCCCAAACUAGUGAACAACGAGAGUGAAGCUGGCACAGAUUCAGUGCCCUUAAAACCAGUUGAACAGGCAUUGAUUUUGGCCCAGUGCCUUCUAAUUGAAAGGGGUAGUCGGCACGAUGCAAUGCAAAGUUGGGAUAUGGCUCCAUAUAUUGAGGCAAUUGAUUCUCAAAAGUCAACCUAUUUUGUUCUACGGUGUUUUUGUGACUUAUUGCGUGUUCGAUGGGAAUCAUCUCGAUAUCGUACAAGGGAACGCGCCCGGGAUAUGAUGGAUAAGCUGGUUGGAGCUAUUAGCAAGAGCGAUCCUGGAGUAUCAAAUCGGAUCCCUUUAUGCUAUGCAGUGUAUCUUCCUACUAUUCCUGCUUUGAGAAAGGAAUAUGGUGAGCUUCUGGUGAGUUGUGGUUAUGUUGGGGAAGCAAUCACAAUAUUUGAGAGCCUGGAAUUGUGGGAUAAUCUAAUUUACUGCUACUGCUCCAUGGGAAAGAAAUCAGCGGCUGUAGAUCUCAUCAAUGCACGGCUUCUUGAACGCCCAAAUGACCCAAGAUUAUGGUGUUCAUUGGGUGAUGUUACGAUUUCCGAUUCCUGUUAUGAAAAAGCCCUGGAAGUUUCAAAUGACAAAUCAGUUCGUGCUAAGCGGGCUCUUGCUCGAAGCGCAUACAAUCGCGGUGAUUUUGAGAAGUCGAAGAUACUGUGGGAGGCUGCAAUGGCGUUAAAUUCUCUGUAUUCAGAUGGUUGGUUUGCUCUUGGUGCUGCUGCGUUGAAGGCCAGGGAUCUUCAGAAAGCACUGGAUGCAUUCACUUUAGCUGUUCAUCUUGAUCCUGACAAUUGGCUGGCUUGGAACAACAUUGCUAGUCUGCAUAUGAUUAAGAAAAAGAGCAAAGAAUCAUUCAUUGCAUUCAAAGAAGUGCUUAAAUUAAACCGAGACAGCUGGCAGAUAUGGGAGAAUUUCAGCCAUGUAGCUAUGGAUGUGGGAAAUACUGAUCAGGCCUUUGAAGCUAUACAACAGAUAAUGAGAUUGACCCAAAACAAGAGUAUCAGUGUUGUUUUAUUGGACCGUUUAAUGACAGAUUUGGAAAAUAGGAAUAUAUCAUACGAAUCUUCUUCAAAUGAAUUAAUAAAGACAAAACCAACAACGACCGAAAGACUCUACAUAGAGUUGUUUGGGAAAAUUAUUCAGCAGAUUGUCAAAACAGAAAGUACAUUUGAAAACUGGGGAUUAUACGCAAGAUGGAGUAGAAUCAAUGGAGAUCUUACGAUAUGUAGCGAGGCACUGUUAAAACAAGUGCGAUCAUAUCUGGGGGUAGAAAUGUGGAAAGACAAAGAGCGUUUCAAGAAGUUUGCAAGAGCAUCAUUGGAACUUUGUAGAGUGUACAUAGAGAUCUCAGCGUCUGUAGAAAGCAAACGAGAACUGUUUAGUGCUGAGAUGCAUUUGAAGAACACAAUCAAACAAGCUAGAAAGAGCUUUGGUGAGACUGAAGAAUUGAAGGAGCUUGAAAGUUGCCUUGAGGAGGUCAGAAAUGUUACGCAGAAGUUUGAAGGGACUACAAACAUUAAAACAUAAAAGAACGCAGACUUGUGAGAGUUUCAGAUCAUAAUGUAAUGGUUCUUUUUUUUUCUUUCUGAGUUUUGAGUUUACUUUGUAUUUGAAAUUCCCUUUUGGGAUCUUCAUUACCGAAAUAUAACUUAUAAAGUGAAGGGUGAACCUUUUUAUUCACCACCUUUUCCGUGUUAACCAACAAAAGCAUGCUUAGUUAAAUCAUGUUUAAAUUAAAUAAUAAAUUAAAUU